CUUUUACGAACAACAUUAUGUAUUCCUGUGAAGUUUGCGAAGCAAAGUUUCAAUCAAUUUCAGGUUUUAACAAGCAUAUGAGGAUUAAACAUAAAGACUUAAAAAAAACUAAAGUUAUUAAACGUAACUUGUACACAUGCAAUGAUUGUAACGAAACUUUUGACUUAAAAAAGGUUUUGAUUCAGCAUGUCAAAAGCCAUUUGAUGAAAAAUGUACAGCGUCAAUCAUUAUGUUCGUUAUGUCCAAAAUCCUUUUCAUCAAUGUCUGGAUUGAUUGUUCAUUUACAGAGUAUACAUAAUGUAAAUAUUGAGACAAAAUUGCUACAUUUUGAAAAUAUAGAAGGAUAACGAUAUAAGUACCUGGAGAAAUGUUGUGUUUUUUGUUUUAUUGUGAAACUGUCGAUGACCGGAUGACUGGAUCAGUUUAUCAGUAUAAAGUAUUCAUUAUGUGAACGU